GGGCCGUGGCGUCUGGAGGUGGCGGCGGCGGCAGCGGCGACGCGUCCGGGCCGGACCGAGUCUCCCGCUGACCCGAGCAGGCCUGGUAUGGGUAAUGGUGUGAAGGAAGGCUCGGUGCAUUUGCGUGAGGAUGCCGAGGCCGUGCUGUCCUCGCCCGUCUCAUCAAAGAGCGGCCACCGGCAAGUGCUCAGCUCCCUCCUGUCCGGGGCCCUGGCGGGCGCUCUCGCCAAAACAGCGGUAGCUCCCCUGGACCGCACCAAAAUCAUCUUCCAAGUGUCUUCAAAAAGAUUUUCUGCCAAGGAGGCCUUCCGGGUGCUCUACUACACCUACCUCAACGAGGGCUUCCUCAGCCUGUGGCGCGGGAACUCCGCCACCAUGGUGCGCGUGGUGCCCUACGCCGCCAUCCAGUUCAGCGCGCACGAGGAGUACAAGCGCGUCCUGGGCGGCUACUACGGCUUCCGCGGAGAAGCCCUGCCCCCGUGGCCUCGCCUUCUCGCCGGCGCACUAGCGGGGACGACCGCCGCUUCACUGACCUACCCCCUGGACCUGGUCAGGGCGAGGAUGGCGGUGACCCCAAAGGAAAUGUACAGCAACAUAUUUCACGUCUUCAUCCGCAUCUCGCGGGAGGAGGGGCUGAAGACCCUCUACCACGGAUUCACGCCUACGGUGCUGGGGGUCAUUCCCUACGCCGGCCUGAGCUUCUUCACCUACGAGACGCUGAAGAGCCUGCACAGAGAGUACAGCGGCCGCCGGCAGCCCUACCCCUUCGAGCGCAUGAUCUUCGGCGCCUGCGCCGGCCUCAUCGGGCAGUCGGCCUCGUACCCGCUGGACGUGGUGCGGCGGCGCAUGCAGACGGCCGGCGUCACCGGCCACCCGCGCGCCUCCAUCGCGUGCACGCUGCGCACCAUUGUGCGGGAGGAGGGCGCGGUGCGCGGCCUCUACAAGGGCCUGAGCAUGAACUGGCUCAAGGGCCCCAUCGCCGUGGGCAUCAGCUUCACCACCUUCGACCUCAUGCAGAUCCUGCUGCGGCACCUGCAGAGUUAGGGGCCCUGCGGUCGGCGGCUCUCGCGACGGUGGACCGGCGACCCCUUUGGAUUUCUGAGCCCGUGGAGUACGGUGUGCUUGGUUCCACCGCGGGAACCACGUCGGGGGCUUUGUGGAACAAGCAGGCGGGCCUGGGGGCCGGGGCUGGCAGCCCUUGAGGUGCGAUGUUGGCACGAUGGGCUCAGGGUCGCUGCGACUCUCCUCUUCCCUCCUCCCCAGGGGCUGCGGUGCCUCGGGAGGUGUUGCCCAAAGGCCUUGAGUUGGAGUGGUCAGCUCCGCCUCCUCGUCCUGUGUGUCCUCCAACGUGCUGCUGAUUCGAGUGUCCCUGUCCCCACUAGGCUCUGGGCCACACUUGCCUGUCCCUUCUCGUUCUGACUCUGCCUGCGUGCCUGGCCUCCAGCCUGGGCGGGCGCCUUUCCUGGCAGCCGGACCCUGUCCAGGAUGGGACAAGCCUCAUGCUCAGUUUGGCCACAAACGCAGAGCUCCUUGCCCACCCAACCCACCCCGCCUGUCCUGCCUUCUCUCUUAUUUCCCAGAGGACAAUGACUCCUCCACCCCCAGAGCCUCCUGCUCAGAAACGGCCUUCUCCUGAGAGCCCCAUCCUAGUCUCUGCCGUCAGCCUGGGGCCCCCAGCUGCCUACCCGGUCAUAACCUUCCCAGGAGGGUCACGAUUCCUCCACGAGACAGGGUUUGAAGCACAGACCGUGACGUGGAACCACUUCAGGUUUGGGUAUGACCCCCCACCUGGGUAUAUCUGCUGAAAUCGGAGCACCCAGCCAUGAAGCUCCUGCCGGGUCCGUGGCUCCCCCACCUCGGUGGGCACUUGGCUGAGGCACGGAGCAAUUCAAGGCCCACGAGGGAUGUCUGAUUUCCAUGAAUGAAUGGAGCACACAGAGGUGGCUGGUGGCAUUGACCUUCCCAGAGUGGGAGCCCAUGACAGUGGGCGGCCCAGGGUGGGGAGUGUGGAAGAGCAGAGGUACCCCAGGGAACCCCCAGCUAGCUGGGCUCUCAGAGAAGUCCCCAGGACUUCCAGGUAUUGGGGACUCAGAAAUACCCAAUAAUGAUGUUCUGGGUUUCUUGGUUUUUUGUUUUGUUCUUCAAAUUGGCCAACCCUGGGUUUAUUCACAUCAAACCCCUGAUUGGUCCGAUCUGGUUCCCUGGCGAGGGGGACCUUGAGGGUUGGUUUCCAUAGCUGGCUCAGCUGCCACCCUGCGAGGGGAUCUGAGCCGGUACACCUGCCCCGUGUGCGUUUCCUGCCCCUCCUCUCCUCCUCCUGCUCUUCUUGCCUUGGACCUGCGGGUGCGAGGACCUCUAUCUGGCCUUAGCCACCAGCCAUCCCUGACCUCAUCCCCAGGGGCCCAGGCAGCCUGUGAUGGCUGUGAGGGGCCGUCCUGUUGGGUGGGCAUCCUUGCCCAGUACUAAGACUCAGUGGGAGAGGCCAGGGCACCCCUCACAGGGAGAUGGGGGACCGAGCCCCCCCACCCUGGGCAGGUGAGGGCAGCAGGGGCUGGGGGUCCACCCCAGGCGGGUGAGACCAAACGGGUGGCUGGGGAGUGCCCUCCUCUGGGCUCCAGGCUAGGUAGGAGAGACGAGGGUGGCAGGGGCCCCAGCGUGCUUCCCCUGAGGCGGCUCCUGGCCGUGCGGCUGUGGCAGUGCCGUCCCCCAGCCCUGCACACGGCCUGGCUCUCAGGCUGCCACGGUCACCCGCCUCCCUGCUGAUCUCUGGUCCCGGUCUGGAGUUAUAUUUUGAUGCCAUGAAGACACUUUGUUUAUAUAUAAUGUUUAUAUAUUUUAAAGAUUUGUGCCAAGAGAGUAUAUUUAAUAAAAAUUGAAAUG